CAGUAGCUCCAGGUGAGCCAAUUUGGUUUUGUGUAUUGAACCAAAAACAAACAAAAACUCUCAUAUUAACUCGUUUACUGAGUUGAAUUGAACAUCGAAAUCGUAAAAAAUAGGACCUUAGGACUCAAACUAGACAUGACAGAUAAAAAGCAACAUGAACCACCAGAUAAUCACAUCUCGACGCAAGGUGCACAAGUGAGUUCAAUGGCGAAAGAUUGGUUGGAAACAGAAGAAAAAAAGAUAACUGAAAAAAUCCAAUUACUUCACUCUUCCACGAAAAUACUUCUUCUGAUAGCUUCACUCACAUCGACUCUAAGCUCUGAAUCUGAACAGGAAUUGUCAGAUCAUCUAGAUGAACUGUCUGGAAAACUAAAAGAUCUUUUUCUCAGCCAUCAGAGCCUUCAAAUCAACCCGACGAUCGAUCGACGGCUUUUGAAUUUACGGUCAGUUAGUAAAACUAUCCUAAAUGAAAUUUCAGCAGAAUACUGUAAGAAAAUUCAGCAGAAUAUUUCGAACAUUAAAAGCACAAUUGAUGUAUCUUCACUGGUUGCUUCCGUCAUUGAGUCUUCGAUGACGGACAGUGGAUAUGAUACAGAUGUUGACGGCUAUGACACAGAUGACACUGGUGCUCAACUGAUCAACAGCGCCAGCAACAGUGUUGAUGGCACUGUUGCCGGCAAUGUUGAUCAACAGAAAACGACCGAGCAGCUUGAUGAACAAAAUGUUGUCUGGACAGACUUCUUUUUCGAAGAUGCCAAUCAGUUCGAAGAGUUUGUCAUUUUUGGUUCCAGCUAUGUUGCAACUAUUGCUAUUGUGUCAUCUUCUUCAGACACUUCAGAAUUGAAUAACAUACGGAAAAAACAUGCACACUUUUGUGAAGUCAUAGAAAAUAAGAACGACCAAGUAGCCGGACUUUUGAAAACAGGCGACUCUAGUUUUUCAGACUUCAGAUUUAUUCAAAUUGUACUCGAUCGUAAGCGCAUUGGAGAAAUUGGGUUUGUUAAAAGUGCCGUUCCCAAAAAAGUUCAUGAAUGGUUGAUUGAACAAUUAAUGGAUUCGAAUGUACGAAAGUCAGCCAUGACGAUGAAGGGCGAACCUAGACUUAUUAAGGAUCUUAUCAUCUCCAACUGGCUUCAGAGAACUGAGACUAAACUCUUGGACACUAUCUCACAGCAAUCUCACCUUAUCUCACAACAAUUAAUGGAUUCGAGUGUACGAAAGUCAGCCAUGACGAUGAAGGGCGUAGCUAGACUUAUUAAGGAUCUUAUCACCUCCAACUGGCUUCAGAGAACUGAGACUAAACUCUUGGACACUAUCUCACAGCAAGACAACAAGAUAUCUUCUAACAUGGUGUUGAAUGAAUUCAAUAGACUGCUAGAAAUGAUCAAGGCGGGUCAACAGAACAUUUCAAAACUUCUUAAAAGUCACCCAUCAAGCAUAACCGAGUUUCCUAGUGUCAAUUUUGACUACGAAUGGGAAGUCACUCAAGUGAAACUAGGAAGAACUCUCACACAACAGAUACUCUUUACUGGAAAAGAGAAACGACUGACGUUCAAAAACACAAAUCCAGAGGGAGAGACACAUUACGUGAGGAUCAUUUUUCUCGAAAAUUGUCUUCUUGGAAAAAGACGAAUUCACUUAGAAAUUGUUUUUCCAAGCAACACCGUUAAACUAAGAGAGAAUGAGAUGGUUAUCACACCCGUGGUUUACAUUUCACUGGAGAAGCAUACGCAGUUCUUGCGAAGAGUGGAAAUUGAGUUGCCGAUUUUUGACAAGGAUUUUGGUGUGCAGAGCACCUUCGAAACUCGUAGCAGUUUCAGGAAACAAUUGUCAAUUAACGAGCAUACGGCAACAAUCAAAGCAUUUGAUUUUUCACCUGCCGCGGUGAUAAAAUUUAGAACAGCUGCAACUGACAUGCUUCGAAAUUCCUAUUACUUUGACGAGCUUCUGCUUUUUGAUGAGUCAGCUGUAUAUUUCCUGAUGAAACAACCGAUACAAUCGGAAAAUGAUACUUCUGACUUCAAACUGGAUUUUGCUUGCAGACCAUUUCGAAACAGUGCCGAGACCGAAGCAUUCAGAACGAAACCAAAUUGGUCAUACAGCAGACUGAGUGACAUGCAAACCUACAGAGUUAUGGAACAAACAGGCCUAGUUGAAAUAAGCAUGGAAGAGUCCCCGCCACAUACAAUCUUUUUGCGAGAUGACCGAACGUUGCAAUUUGGGAUACCUAAGCGGUUGGACUAUAGUAAGCCACGCGUAUUCAAGCAGUUUGGCUACAAGAACGACAAUUGUUGGCCCUACAAGUUUGAUGACGCUGAGCCACCAUCUGAGGCAUAUCAACGGACCAGUGCUAAUUUUAAAUUUGGAUCAAAUAGCAUCAAAUUUCCAUUCCUUCUAAAAGAUGAACUGAAUAGUCUAGGCAAAAACAGGGAAAAACAUUUGUCAGUGUCGAUGUUAUCUGAUUUCAUUGACAGGCUAGGCGACAACUGGAUUCUUUUUGUAACAGACGGGAUAGAAUUGCCUCGAGAUGAUCUGUCGUGUCUGGUUACGGUGGAUUUCACUGAUACAGUCGAAAGAAUUAUUGACAGCAAAAUUAAAGGCUUAAAUGAAAGACAGACAAGUUUGAAAUUGAAAGAGUUUCAGGACUCAAUCGCAACAAAGUGUAAGUCAUCAUCAUUUUCUAAUGAGAUGGAAACUGCUAGGCAAUGGAGCUGGAGCGAAAUAAUGACUGCAAACUUCUGGAGAAGAAACGCUGAAUCUGAAAAUAAUUUCAAAAAGAGCCAAAUCAAAGAGAGCUUAGAAAGUUUGUUUGACGAUCGGUUCAGAUCAGGUCACGACGACGCGAAGCUUAAAACAUUGCAAACAAUGGACGAAGGUGUGGAGGGGAGCGAAAACUGUCUGGAACCGAAGAACCGAAAAGCCCUGGCUGAAAUAAUGGUAUUUUGUGACGAAAAUUAUCUCAAAGGCAGAAUGAAGAGAGCCUUCAACGAUGACUCAUACUACAAGCUUCAGGCGCCGGACUUAUCGCCAGAGUUAAGGACGUUCUUGGGGGAGGACGCAAUCCCAACUGGCGAUGACUUGUGUGAACGAUGACCUGAAUUGGAUUGAACGAUGAAUAACACAAUAAUUACCAAAAAUACAAAAAGCCUUUUUAAGCCGCUAACUAAUUUUUACUAAAAAACUAAUUUCUUUUUUCAAUCCUGACAAUUUGCAACUUCAUGGAUCAGUUCCCACCUAAACCUCCAGUAGUAUCGACAAGUUUUUACCAUUUGUCAUAACGAAUGAUGGAUUCCUUUGAACUCUUUAUCUGGCACAACUUAAUAGAUAAUGAAAGAGUAAAUUAUAUGACCGAAUGAUUCUCCAGAAAAACCAGUAUUGCUCAUUGAAAAGAAGCUUACAUUGAUUUUAUCACAAAUGAAUCAAAAAAGAUUCAAAAUUUAUAUUAACAUGAUUGAUAGUGUGUGUUUUCAAAAACUAG